AUGAUUAGAGUUCCUGCAGAUUGGCGUUGCGCUCGAUACGACUCCUUACUUGUUCAAUUGAACAAUGAUCGCUACUUCCUCUGUCGUUCCGUUAUAAUAACUGUACCCACUACCGUUUUUACUUUUAGUAUGAAGGUGCGUGUGCCCAGUGAUGUAGCUCGCCGAUUAUUGAAAAGCCAGGAUGUUGAGGAGUCUGAGGAGAAGGUUGUACGAUGGAUCGAUCAAUUGAAUGCUGACGCGACGCGGUCCUACACAGUUUGCCGCAUGGAUCAACGUGCGAAGGAGGAGUUCCCUAUGGAUGUGGCAAUUCUACAGUUUUAUUGUAUGUCUCGAACGUGUACGCUACAAACUGUAGUUUGCAGAGGGUUGAGGCUUGAUGCACGGGCUACAAUUGCUCUCUUGUCUGCUUCCCUGAUGGGUUGUUAUGUGAUACCUGAUUGUAUAGUUGACACCGCGAAUGGCUCCUAUCAAAUUGUUCAAAUAGAAAAGAAGUCGGGCACUGGUCUCGGUAUGGUUGUGAGUGGUUGUCGAGUUCGGCUCAACGACAGCUCCUCUGUUUGUGUCUGCGGUAACCGUGCUCCGCUAAGCCGCCCUGUUGGAUUGGAGGAUGCGCUAGAGCAGCUUGAGAUGGUCCUGUCGAUGGCUGAGAAGGAUAUGAGAGAGGCAGUUGGUAUCUUGGUACACGGACCCAGGGGCUGUGGGGUGGGGAAUCUGAUAGCUUAUUGUUUAAGGUCACGGCCUGAAAUUGAGUUGUUGCCAUGGACUACUUCCUUUGAUGCCUCUUUUGUGGGACGGAAGAUUCGUGGCGCAACUGUGGCACUGUACCUCCCUUCCUGUGAGCGUUUUUUUCCUGCUUACGAAGACGAUUUAGCGCGACUUACGCUUCGUAAACUUUUGAAAGAUGCAAGUUUACUUGUGGCAGGUGUUAAUGGUCAUAGCCUCUCUGUAUUAGUGAUUGCAUCUACACACCGGCUUGGUUCUCACUGUGCUAUAGAUGUUCUAAGGUCUUUCUUCUCUGUGAGCAUUUGCUUAUCUUUGCCUGACGUAAAUCAACGUGCAGCUCUUUUUGCCUCUGUGCGAGGUGGCCAACCAACGGACUGGAUAACUAAUGCACAGGCACUUAUUGGAAAAACCUCUGCUGAUGUGUUGAGCAUUGCGAAAGCCGGAGAAUGGAGGUAUAGACCUCCUUUCAAAGAGGUCCGCUGGGGUAGUAUUGGUGGCCUCCGUGAGGUCAAGGAACGCCUGCAUCGCGCCUUAGUUUGGCCGCAAUGCCACCCGGAAGUGUUCAAAAAGUUUAACCUCUCGCACCCCAAAGGUAUCCUUUUGUAUGGUCCACCAGGUUGUGCAAAGACGACACUGGUGAAAGCGUUAUGCUCGGAAGGGUAUUUUUCUUUAAUCUACUUGGACUCUGCUAGUGUAGUGAGCGCUUACGUUGGCGAAAGCGAGCGGCGUUUGCGCGAUGUGUUCACUCAGGCCUCGCAGCGAACCCCAUGCAUUGUCUUUUUUGACGAGGUGGAGGUGAUUGGAGCUAAGCGAGAGAAUGGAGCGCAUCAGACUGAGAGCGUGCGGCUGCUCUCGACAUUGCUUACAGAAAUGGACGGCUUCACGGCGUCACAUGGGGUCUGUUUUGUCGGUGCUACUAAUGUUCCUCAUCUUGUCGACUCUGCGUUACUGCGACCAGGGCGCUUUGAUUACUUGGUGUAUGUUCCCCUUCCAUCGGCCAAAGAUAGGGAAGAGAUCUUAUCACUUCAUCUGGGGUGUGCUGCUGUAGACGUGGGUGUGCUUGCGGCGUUGGCAGACGGCUUUAGCGGGGCGGAUUUGGGUGCACUCUGCACUGCUUCCCUCCUGGAGUUACUGGAGAAAAAUGCAACGCCACCAGCUUGUUUUUAUGACACAGAAUAUAUGAUGCCUUUCAUGAAGAACAAAAUCCAGUCGUUCCAGAAAAGCAACUACGACACCGCCGCCCUUGAAGAGUUCCACCGUAAGCAUGCUUCUGCAUAA